CGACAUGUUUUUUCCCCUCCUCCAUAGUCCUCCUUGUUUCCCUCCAUCUCUGCUGAUCUGUCAGUGCUCGGACGUUGCGUUAAGGUGCAGACCUGAGUCCCGCUCUUUGGGAAAUUUAAGGAAAGUCUGACACAAUAUACGUCUUCAAAGGACAGUAUACGGCAUUCAAUAUCGAGACGACAGACAUUUCACCUCAGUUGUGCAGUUGCUUUGAAACUACAGUAAAAUGGAUCCAAUGACUCAGUCCGCCCAGAUAUCAUCGUCGCAAGGGAUUGCCGAUGGACAAAAUGCUGCUGCCAAAGAAUCAAAGCUAUCUGAUUCCUUUCUUUCCUCUUCGCCUGUAUCUCUCAUUCAGUCUCCUCAAGACAAAAGAGUGGUCCUGGGCUCCGACAAGCCAUGCGAAGGUGUCGCGACAUCCCUUCGUUUUCCUUCCCAACAUGGCUCAUUCACCCCUAGUAAUUACGGGAGCGAAGCAGGGCCGCCAGAUGGACAACCAGAUUCACCGAUAAAGACCUCUCCUGUUUCGGAGCGAAUAAAGGCACUUGAAGCUCUGGCUGCCAAAAAGAAGGAACCAGAUUUUAGAAGUGACGGCGGUUUUUCUCAUUUCAGAGACCGCAACCAUGAAAAAUCUCCCACUGAGACACCCAAAUCUCCCACUGAGACACCCAAAUCUCCCACUGAGACACCCAAAUCUCCCACUGAGACCCAAAAAUCUCCAAAUGAGAUCAAAAAAUCUCCCACUGAGACCCAAAAAUUCUCCACUGAGACCUCCAAAUUUUUUACUGAAACACCAAAAUUCGCUACUGAGACGCCCAAAUCUCCUACUGAGACGCCCAAAUCUCCUACUGAGAGACCCAAAUCUCCUACUGAAAUGCCCAAAUCUCCUACUGAGACACCAAAAUCUCCUACUGAGACCCCCAAAUCUGCCACUGAGAAACCCAGAUCGCCCUCUGAGACACCCAAAUCUCCUAAUGAGACGCAAAGAUUCUCCACUAAGACCUCCACAUUUUUCACUGAAAAGCCGCAAUUCUCCACCGAGACCCCCAAAUCUCCGAAUGAGACUCAUAAAUCUCCCACUGAGACCCAAAAAUCUCCUUUUGAGACUCCUCAAUUUCCCACUGAGACCCCAGCAUUUCCCACUGAGACUGAGAAAACUACGUCAACUGUGCAGAAAAGAGGAGGUUCUACUGAUAAAGAGUCACCAGAAUCUCCCUUUGAAGUGCUUGGAGAUUUAAGACAAGUGAAUGAAUUUGAAGAAACAGAAGAGUGGAUGAAGGCUCAUUUACCUCCUGUGCCAGACUAUGAUGCUGUAGAUCUAACUAAAAGCACCCUGACUUCAGACAUUGUGACGUUGAAGGCGAAGAAGGAAACUGACAUAGUUAUACCCGAUGCUCCUGCUCCCUUUGCUGGAGUUCCUGAUGCUUUCAUGGAUUCUCCUGCUGAAGCUUCAAAGCUGAAGAAUGAUUCCAGUGAUGCACUGAAGCAGUCGUGUGUUGAGGAGGACUCUGAAUUUGAUCUAAGCUAUUUGCCAACAGCCUAUAUGUGGGAUCAACAGGAAAAACCAGGUGCCCAGGCUCCAUCAAAACUUGAUUCAGGCCCAGCUCCAUCUGCCCCUCCUGCAGGCUUUGACUCCUCGUCUCCCCAUGUCCCUCCACCAGUUGGCAUGGAUGCUAAAAAUGUUUUGGAUGACAAGAAGAACAUGUGGACCGGAGAUCUUGAGCCCCCAGAGGCAAGCGAAGCCGAAAGCUCAGGUGAUUCUGACGACACAGUCAUUGAAGAUGGUGUCUCUGUUCCUGCUACUGUUCCUCCUUCAUCUUCUCCUCAAGCAGGUUCAAAUGAUCCUAGCCCUGCUGCAGCAGCCACAAAUCUUCCCACUGACGAAACGGUGAUUCCACCAAAGUCUGAGAGGAAGCUAAUGCAGGUGCCAACAAUAAAUGUUAUAGAGACUGACGAGCCCAAUUACAGUGAUGAGGAGAUGGAGAUGGAGAUGGAAAUGGAGCUUGAAGCGGAGGAAGAUGAGGACUCUGAGGCUGUAAAAGAACAAGCUAAAGAGGCUCCAAAGACCCCUGAGCCAGAGGAUAGUAACCGUGAACUGCCCAAAACACGUCCCUUAGAAACCGAAUUCAUGGAAGGUUACUCCCCCCCGUCCUCACCUGUCGACUCUGAUGCGGAAUACUCUCCUAAACACAACGUAAUCAAACCUCUUCCUGAACCAGAACAUCAUGAGUCUGCAUCAAAACCUGAGGCCCAACCCAAUCCAGCACAAACUGAAAAAUCACAGACUACUUCCAAUAAAGAAGUUGAUGAAAACCCGUUCAAAGUCACAAAGGAAGAAGUGGACUUCCCAGACAAUGAUGACGAGUGGUCAGAUGAAGCACAAAAUAUCAUGGUCAAACCUGGCAAGACUGAUGUGGCGUACAUGGAAACAUCCUACAACCUAUGCAAGGCGGAUGAAAAGAGCAACACAACUGAAAAAGAGGCUCAUAUGGAAAUGGCUUCACUAUCUAAAACCAGCUUCAUGCAAGAUGAUAUAUAUGACCGACAAUCAUUUGAUUAUGAUUAUGACGCAUCCUCUACCUUGGAUGAUAUUGAUGAUAAAGGGUUGAGUGUUAAGGAGCGGUUUCUUUCGGAUCCUUCUCAAAUCAACAAUGAACCACUGAAUUCAAGCGGUCCAAUUCUGGACAAUUUCACUUCAGUGAAUGAUGAUGAAGCCUUCCCCAAGCUAGUUGAUGAGCAAUGUCAAAGAGAAUAUCCCCAAGACCCAUAUUCCUCUUUCCAAAGUGAGACACAUAGCAAGAUGAAUGAUGAUGAAGAUUUCGAUAAGAAAACGACCCCUGACAUUGUUACAGAUAACAUAGAAAAUGGCAACUACCUCCCAGCACAGAAGAUUGGAUCAAAGAUCCUGCAGGACCCUGAAGCAAGUCAACAGGCUUUUGAGACGACAAGCAACCCAGAAAGUAAUGACUCUGACAGCUCAGUUUCUGAACCUACAGACAGCUUUGUGGAGUUCAUGCGGGAGUGCCUGAAAUCAAGACAGGAUGAUGCACAACAGGACGACACGCCCAAAAAUGUACCUUCUGAGGACAAGUUCUGCAAAGCUGGCUUGCGUCCUAAUCAGUCCCCUCCAGCCAUGGUGAUGGAUCUUGAACAAGAACAGCUUACUAUCACUGCUCUCAAGGAGCUGGGCAGCAGUCAAGAAGAGGAAGAGGAUGUGGCAUCUCUACAGUCAAAGGUUCCUGACCGUGGCAAAGCUAACCCCAAUGCUGCAUCCAUACAACAGUCUUCCUUUUCCGCCGUUCCUAAUCCUUCAUGUUCCCAAAGCAACCGUGUGUUUGACAGCACGUAUUCCAAAGAGGUAGAAGCCAUCGACGAAUGGGUGGCUGAAGCCUAUCAUCUUGCUGAGCAUGUCGUGACAGCAAUACUAACCCACUUAUCAGUGAAGGAUCUGAUCCACUGGCGAGACCCCAAGAAGUCGGGCGUGGUGUUCGGGCUGUCCCUGCUGAUGCUGCUGUCGCUGGCAGCCUUCAGCGUCAUCAGCGUGGCGUCCUACCUGCUGCUGGCCCUGCUCUGCGUCACCAUCACCUUCCGCAUCUACAAGUCUGUGGUGCAGGCCGUGCAGAAGUCCAGCGACGGACACCCCUUCAAAACACUGAUAGAUAAGGAUGUCAGCAUCCCCCCUGAGACCUUCCGCAAGCACGUGGACGUCAGUCUGACCUACAUCAACCGAGCCCUGAAGCAGAUGAGCCGCCUCUUCCUGGUCGAGGACCUUGUGGACUCCCUAAAGCUGGCUGUGGUCAUGUGGCUGUUCACCUACGUAGGAGCCGUCUUCAACGGAAUCACCAUCCUCAUCCUGGCUGACAUCCUCCUCUUCGCUGUGCCUCCCGUCUACGAGAAGAACAAGACCAAGAUUGAUCAGUACAUCGACCUGGUUCGCACUCAAGUCAACACCACGAUGGCCAAGUUGCAAGAGAAGCUUCCGGGAGCUGUGAAGCGCAGCAAAACUGAAUGAUCAACCCACCAAUUAGAAACUUCCAUGUCACCAUCAUCCUCAUCCUCAACAUCAUCUUAGACCCCCCCCCUCCUCCCUGUACCACCUCCUACCCCCUUGCCAGAUAACCCCGCCCCCAGUCUAACUCCUCCACCAUCUACCAUCACCCCCCCUACUACACUGAACCUUGCUAAGUAGAAAAUCUCUCUGAGCUACUCGAUAUUCAAUGUAAAACUACUGCGCAGCUUAACUUGCAAGCAUUAAAAAGAACUGUGCCUGUGCAGACAGAAAGCGAGGAAGUGAUGUAGCGCCCGGUGGGACCCCCCCCACCCAUCUGUGGGCAAUGUGGGGUCGAGUGAACUAGACUGAAUCUAUGACCUGGUUUUGUCGUGUACAGCGAGCAGGGGGAGGAUGAUGGCUGUCUACGUCACAAAAUAGCAAAUGUCUGUACUUUGAACCCCACACAUUUCCCUAAAGGUUAAUGGAUCAUUCAAGAUGGAAAAGUUAAGAAAAUGUAAAAAAAAAAAAUGGAAUAAACCAAUAUUUUGGGUGUAAUUGUGGAUAGUCGUACCCUGCUCUCUUGCUCUACAGAUGUUAUGUGGAUAGAUAAGAGUUCAUUUAGAGGCUGGUAAUGGGUUAGCUGAUCGGCUUGUUAUGAGUUAUUCACCUUACAGGCUCUUGUGUUUGUACGUUUCUGCAAUGCACUGAAUUUUUAUUUUUUAAACCCAUGAGCAGGUCGAAAUAAAAGGAUUGGAACACUGAGCCAGCUGUGAUAAUUUGGUCUAGUUCACCCUCUUGAUCAGAUGCAUUUCCUGAACAGUUUUCUGUAUGUAUAUACACCUGAAGACAGGCUCUGCUGUAUGGAACACAUUAGCCUCGCUUUUUAUAUCAAAUAAAGUUCCCUCACUUGCAGCAGUCCUAACUUCUGUUCUCGCACCGGUUAAACCCACAGUGUCGAGGUCUCACAUUCGCUUCUAAAUUUUUAUUAAUCUUAUUACUAUUAUUAAUAUUAAUUAUAGGACGGCUGCUUUUGACUCUCUUGUAGCUUGACAACAGCAUUGUAGAGUUAUGUUAAGUGUCAUUGAGCUUCAUCAUUUUUAAAUGGAGGUUUUCCUGAGGCCUCCAGAGUAAUGAUUCCUGAUUGUUGGAUAAGUUAAGAGACACCUCCGACGUGUGAACACACCCGUACAUCUCAAAAAAGCUUCUCUAGCUACUGGGGUUUUAAAGUCUAUGGAGUACAAAAUGUGCCAUCAAGAUAUUGACUUUUACAGUGAUUCAUCAAAAGAUCCAAUAUAUACCAGAGCUUUUAAAGACGAAUAACAACUUCCACGCCUAAUUCAACUAAAAUAAUUGAAUACCGUUCAGGAAUAAAAAUUCAUUUUAAAACUGGAUUUGUAAAAGCAUCAAUUAUUUGCCAUUUUAUAAUUCAGCACUGUUAAUAUCUGCCAACUAUUAUUUUGGCACAUUUUACCCUCCAUACGAAACCUUAGCAGUGACCCAAGAGGACACUCGGAGAGCAGGGGUUUGUGUAACUAAAUGAGGGGGUGCAAAUAAGAGUGUAGCUGGGACUUAAGGACUCGGUUUUGGUUUGGCGUGAUUAUUAUAGAGCUCUGUUUGUCACUGUGUUCUUUUUCUUUUGACUGCCAUGAAGCGCAUGUCAUAGUGUAAGCUGGAAACAGAUUCUCACCCUUAUAUAGGCUGUAUCAUAUUCUUGACCCUGACUUUUGUUUAAUAUGAUUAUCACUUGUGACUGUUUCAAUGGUGUUUUUGAACUCAGUAAAAACCAUAGUCCUAUGUUAGCACUACUGCUCUUCAUAUUGUUUUGAGGGAUGAAUAUAUAGAAGGAAAUUACCAGUAUGUUCCUGUUGCUGUCCGUUUCAUUGCUCCCUAAAAUAGGUUUGCACGGAGUAACUGUCCCCUGAAUACUGAAUAGCCAACUGCCUCUCAAUGCAGUACCAUCUACUGCCUGCCUGUGUACUGAAUGUUUUCUCUGGAACAUUCACACCCCAGCAUGCCCUCCACUGUGCGUCGUCCUGCUGUGAUUGCCUCACAGAUGUCUCCGUUGACCUCUCGUGCAUGCAGUCUCAUUUAGACUCCGGUUGUUAGAGCCAAAAUAUGCAACGUUUCUGUCGGAGAUGCUAGCUGUUAGCCCCCCCAUCCCCUCACUUGGGCAGGUUACAGCCCUGGUGCUGUAAACUAGCCCAAGGCUAGGCUAAGCAGCAUCUGUAAAUGUGCUGAAGAAGCAGACAGCGAGAGAUGAGGACUGACACUGAUGAUGUUAAUAUGCAUCCUGUUAAUUUAUUUGAUCGUGUAGAAGUUGCAUAUUGUAGCUUUAAGUUGUUAUUUUCAUCUAAAAGCUGCUGAAUUUGUAUUAGAAUUACUUUGAUUCAGUUUAUUUAAAGGAGCAGUAUAACCAAAUUACGAAAAUUAAAUCACUGCAGCUCACCCAGAAUUAGCAGUAUUGCUUCUCAAAGUUCCAAGGAAAAAUGUUCACAGUGAGCAGCAAAUUCCAUUAACGUGCUGUGGUGGCAAAAACCUCAAGGUCACUGAAUAAAAUCUUUUGGUUGGACUGUUCCUUUAAAUGUUGAACCAGCUUCCUGUCUGUGUGACACCAGAAGUGCGGCGCUAUGAGAGGUUAAGCUUUCCGUAUGCACCUUUAACUGUAGUUCAGGAGACGCCAUGUCACCUGUGUUAGUGCGCUACCAAGGCUAACAGAUCACACCUUUAAGACUCAUAGUUGGCUUAUUUCUUUAGAGUGUAAUAUAUAUAACAUGAAUAAAAGUUGUUGCCUCACAGCAUGUUGCUUUUCUCCUCUUCCUGUUUGUCCCCGUGUUUUCAUCAGGUAUGGGCGUGUGUGGCAGGAGUGUGUUUGACUUUUUUCGUCUCUGGAGAGUCUUGUUUUGCUUCUGACUCUGUACUGGUUUCUAGACAAUGUUCACUAACAUCAGCUAUGUUUUGUAUUAGCUAUGACUUUGGUUCCGAUUUUUUGAAGCUUUGGGAAAGAUGUUGCAGGAAUAAAAAGAAGAAAACUGUUUAAAAAAAAAAAGUUUGUGGUCUCUGUACUGAUGUCAAAGUGAAAUUAAUAAAAACACGUCAAAGGA